AUGAUGUCUCAAUACGGGUAUCACAUUAAUUACCUCCAGAAUCCAAAAGAGGAGCCUUUGCCGCUCUUCCCUCCAAGAACUGCCAUCUUUCGGCCAAUGUCACAGUCUACCGAGAUAUUCGAGAACGAAUACGGAUACCAUGAUUUUGAAACCAGCUCACCGAUGAGGAGUGUUGCUUCUUUAGGAUCAGGAAGCAUAUCAACAGCGUCUACGCCGGACUACGCUACGACCCCAGACUCAACUGGGCUAACCGCAUUCGAUUUCCACAUCGAUGACAAGCAUGUUAGAGGGCCAAACGGCCCUCAUAUGUUCAGAUCUCCUCUCAACUCGGGUCACAAUUCGGUUGCAGACUCAGACCUGCUGACGAGAGAGACUCCUAUCAGCGCCACAGGUCCUUAUCAUCAUGAAGCUUCCAAAUUCGAUCCCUACAGAAGAGACACACCCGUCCCAAACAGAUCAGUUGGGCCAAGUCCUGAGCCUCAAACGGCCCACUAUUCCAGAUACUCCCAGUAUGCUCAGCAAUCACAGUAUUCGCGACAAUCACAGCAUUCGCGGCAACCGCAGCACCCGCGACAGCCGCAACAUUCACAACAUUCACAACACCCCCAGCAUUCUCAAGAGCCCACGCCAAUUUCCAGGCAGGCCUCGGUGUCUUCACAGGCGGGACCCACUGAUUGGACCCCGUCAGAGGUCGUGGCGUGGAUGCGAAACCUUGGGUUUGAAGAGGAUGUUGUGGAGAAGUUCUUCGAAAACGACAUCUCUGGAUCAAUCCUACUGGAACUCCAACCAGAGGACCUGAAAGAACUUGAUAUCAAGUCUUUUGGCAAGCGGCACAGAGUCAUGAGCUCAAUCCAGAGCUUGCGAAACAGCACCGUGUUUACCGCUACAGAGACUGCUUCGUCGCGCUCGCGGAACUCCAGUGUGACUAGUGACGUUGCAUCAACCCAGAACACCUCGGUCGCAUCGGGUGCUGGAAACAACAGCUCUUGUCUGACCACUGACGAUGACGCAUUCAACGCGAACAUGAUGGCGCCCCACGAAGCCUUUGACGGAAGAUCACGCAAGAUAAGCGAUCUGACUCCUGGUGAUUCCGUCUCUAUCGUGGCAAUUGAACAAGUUCUACCCAAGUUACAUCAGUGCUCCAAGGGCGAGGGUUGUCGCAAGUGGCAGAAGCAGCAGGACAAGCUUGCUCGCCUUGCGCAGGACUUGCCAUUUGAGCAUUAUGGCUCUGGCCGCAUCGUGGCCGGGGACCCUGGCAACCCGCACACAGCACCAAACCUGGUUAAAUCUCCAACUAGGUCUGAUAUGUCUUCAUCACUUGUCGCAUCAUCGGAUCUGAUGGGACCUGGCAAGCCUUCGUCAUUCCAACUUUCUCGAGAGAUGCUCAAAGAGGUCAAGCCCAGGGACCCGCAGGAGAAUGUACGCAACUUCUUGAACUUCCAAAGCCUCGAUAGAUUGCAGACUGCCAAUCAUCCUGCAACACCCCCGUUGGAGCAUCUUUCGUCACCUUCCUCGGACACUCCGGAUUCCGCCAAGAUCACACCUACACUUGCCGAUCAUCUUCGACAUCUGCCCAAGCUGCGAAUUCCUAGCAUGCAUGAUUCUGUUGAGGGGUCUGUUUUCACCGACAAUACCUCUGCCCUGAGGACCGUUACUCCAUCUGUCCUGUCAAGGCGUAGUAACUUCAACGACCGAACUGCCAUUCAAGGCCAGCACUCCAUGCCGCGUGAUGCAAUUGCCUCUCCGGGAGACUUUUACAGGGGGGAUCCUUGCUACCGGUCGGAAACCCCAUUCUCAGAUGUUGAUGCCCCCGUUACUGCGGUUCCCGUCGGGCCGGUGGCUCGAGAGGAAUCUCAAUCUGUGCCACCGGACAUGCGCUUUGGGAACAACGGAUUCGUGGUUGAGGACCCAAUUGUUCGACCAUCCACAGGGCACCAUCGCAGAUAUCCUUCUAUCCAGAACGUCGUCACUUUGAAUUCACUGAAAGAGGACCGUCCCAUGAGCCCCAUUGAAACUCCCGAGGACCUCCAAAGAGUGCCUCGUGCACCUCAGUUCCGCAACAACACUUUGUUCCCAGCCACUCGACGUGGACAAGACGACGUGACUCACAGUGGAUGGUUGAAGAAGCGCAAGACAGCGAGACUGAUUUGCCAUGAAUGGGAGCCCCGUCAUGUUACCCUCAAGGGCACUCAGCUCUCGAUGCACGACAGCGAAUCAUCUGCUCGUCGAAACUCGAAAGCGCUUGAGCAUAUCGAUGUCGAUGACUAUGCCGUUGCAUGCUCUUCGUUCGCUUCAAAGUCCAAGUUGACUGCAGCUUUCAAGAAGACUGUACUCAAACGAAGCGAAGAUCCCAAGGAUGUUUCUGCCUUUGCCUUCUCUCUCAUUCCUGCGCCUAAUGGCAAUGGCGUUCUUGACAGAAAGACUGCUUUCCUUAACAGUGGCAAGUCACAUCAUUUUGCAGUCAAGACUCGUGACGAGCGUAUCGACUGGAUGCGAGAGCUCAUGCUGGCCAAAGCUCUCAAGCAUGGUCGAGAUGCUGGUGCCGAAGUCACUUUCAAUGGUGCGAAUAUGAUUUGA